GAGUGCUUCUCUCAUCAGUCUCCUCCUCUGGCUCUGUCGAUCACACACUCACUCAGGCGAGCUCACAUCUCAGCUCUCCACUCAUAAAUGACAAGAUUACAUUCAUAUAAAUGAGCUGCAUUGGGCUGUGAGACAGCCUUCCCAUUCAUUCUGAAGAGGGUCCCUCGUCGUUAAAACACCCAGCUGGAUGGAUCAAGGUGUCAUGCAGCAGUAGCUGCAGCCAGCGUGAGGGUAACUCUUCGAGGAUGGGAUCUCCUCCUCAGCCCCUGAACCGGCUGGAGGAAGGCGGGAUGCUGCUGCUGCAGCAUGCAGCCUUGGUGGAGCAGGAGGAGGAUGAGGAGGACGAAGAGGGCUCAGAGGAGAGCAGCAGCAUCAGCACCAGCCGGGCAGAGCCGCAGACGAUGCCCACCUUUGACGUCCCCUACUUUCGUUACAUAGAUGAUGAGGGAACAGAGGGAGAGGAGGAAUGGAGCAGCAGUAGAUCUCUGUCCUCCAUCGGCAGGGACUCCUCAGCUGACUCUGUUGUGUCUGACAGGUACGUGGUGGUGUCAGGAACCCCCGAGAAGAUCCUGGAUCACCUGCUGAAUGUAAUGACAUUGGAGGAUGACCAGAGCUCCACCCAGCAGAAAGAGUCAGAUAUGCUUCGGGAUGAUUUUUUGCUCACAUACCCAGUGUACAUGUCAACUGGUGAUUUAUGCCAAGCUCUUCUGGGGCACUAUUGUUCCAAGCGUCACAGAGUUAAACAGGACCAAAAAGAAGCUUUGGAGAGGAAACAGAAAGUCCUGCACCUGGUGUGGCAUUGGAUGUCUCUCUGCAGAGGCUUCCUGAGGGAGGAUGAGAAUGUCAAAGUCUUCCUGAAGAGUUUGUACCGUUACGUGUUAGAUGACCUUUAUGAGCACCCUGCUCUGGAGAAGGAUGUAACAGAGUUGCAAAAACUCUACCAGCUGAGACGCAGACACACUUUUGACGAUACCUCCCCCCACAGAAAUAGCAAAGCUCUUUUUCACCAGCUGAGCUUAAAAGAGAAUGGGCAGAGAUCCAGCAGCACACACAGGGAGAACAAGGAAGCUCUGUGCCGUGUCUAUGUCACUAUGGACUCAUACCUCAGUGCAAAGGUCCACUAUGAGGUGGUAGCUCAGGAACUGCUGCAGGCAGUGGCUGAGAGGAUAGAUGUUCCUUCAUCAGAACUGAUACUGGUGGCCAUCACUUAUCCUGGAGGUAGACUCCUCCUGCAACCUCAGGACAGAGUUUUCACCAAUUCUUUACGGCCAGUAGGAAGGCUUCAUGUCUGCAGGAAGGACUUUGGUGAAGUUAUGAACCCAUUUGCAGACAACUCAGACAUCCAACAGAGGACAAAUGGCCUUCUGAAUUUAAACACAUGGGAUGUGGCAGUUGCACUCACCAACUUUGAUUGGACAAUUUUCACCAGGAUGCAUGAGCAGGAACUGUUGUACUUCACCUUCAACCGCAAUGUUUACAGCAGCCAUACAAUGCAAUUAGAGCUGCUCCUGCAGAGAUGCAAUGAAGUCCAGCUGUGGGUGAUGACUGAGGUGCUGCUAUGCCCAACACCCUGCAAGAGGGUCCAGCUCAUCAAGAAGUUCAUUAAGAUUGCUGCUCACUGCAAAGCACAGAGAAACCUCAACAGCUUCUUUGCCAUCAUCUUGGGCCUGAAUGCUGCUGCUGUAAGCCGCCUCAGUCAGACGUGGGAGAAAAUUCCUGGGAAAUUUAAGAAGUUGUUUUCCGAGCUGGAGGCAGUCACAGAUCCCUCACUCAACCACAAGGUCUACAGGGAAUCCUUCAAGAAGAUGAAAUCUCCAAAGAUCCCGUUUCUUCCUCUACUCUUGAAAGAUAUCACAUUCAUUCAUGAAGGCAACAAAACCUUUCAUGAUAAUCUGGUCAAUUUUGAGAAGUUGCACAUGAUAGCAGACAUGGCCAGAUUCAUCCGGGACUGUCAGCAAGAUCACCUGGGAAAUGGAAUAGCCCAGAAGAGCAGCUCAGAGGUUCAAGCCUACACUGAUUACCUUCACAUAAUCGACAAUCAGCAGACUCUGUUUGAACUGUCACACAGGCUGGAACCUCGUGCUUAGACAGGAGCUUUUUCUAUUCUUCCCACUUUGUGGAAUCGCCAAGGAGCAACCCUUUACCAACUCAGCUCAUAGUGCUCAGGACUCAGUCAGCAAUCCUGCUUAGUCUCCACAUGUUUGAUGCCAAGACUAAAUGGAACAGCUCAAUCAGGAGGCUGUCACAGAGACCUGAACAAGCAGUGAAAUAAACAUGUGAGGAUGGCAGCAGAAAAUGUUGGAAUCCUUUAGCAUGUGACUGAUCCAUUCAGCGAUUACUCAACAGAAAAGCUGCAGUGCCAGCGGCUGAACUGCAAGAACAGCAGAAGCCUUGAGCAUCAGCCAUUUAUCAGUACAUCUUCAUGGGUCUAGAGGUGCUGCUGUUUCUAUUAUGACCUGUAGAUGGCAGAAGUUAGAUAGAGUACAUUUUCUCUGACAGAUGCACACUGCAAAGAAUGCUUCCAGUUUAUUAAUAUGUUAUCUUUAAAUUCUUUGAAUUAUUUCAUGUUGGUUUAAACAGUUUCAUAACCUGUCAAAGUCAAUCAAAGGCUGGUUCCAGUGAAUCAGCCUGGUACAUGAUAAAGGAGAGUUCUGUAUAUGUCUAAGGAACAUUUAUUUAGAAUCAUCAGCAAAGCUGAAACGCCAGUUCAAGGAAACAAAAGAAAAUUCCACAACCUUACUUGUUCCUAGCUUUGACGUACAGCAUGGAGGCGUUAGGACCAAUUGUCGUCGAAAAUCAAGGUACAAAUCUGUGUUUAUCUGAUUAGAACCUGUCAAAACUUGGCUGAGGUUAGAAAGCUGGAUUAAUCUCUACUUUUGGAUUUUUUCAGAGUAAGGUUGUAAGCAAAAAAACACACGCUCAAUUCAGAUUUAGUGUUUUGAGGAAAAACUGGAAUAUUGCACACCUUUUACAGAAAAAAAUGGUAUGCAAUGCAAAUAAUGAAAAAACAUUUGACGUAUCAGAUUCUUCCUAAAGGUUCAUGGGUGCUUUCUCUGACUUUGUUAUGCAAAACCGUUCUGAGUGAAGAUCAGUGUAUGUUUUUUAAUUCUCUUGCCAUAAGCAUGAACUUCUGUGAGAGAAGCCAUCCCCAGGGUCUGCUCAACCAAUCUGAGAUGUACUUAAAGCAAAUUGAGCGCUACUUAAAAGUUAGGCAUUUGAUAAAAAAGUGAAUUCUGUCAUUUUUCUUUUUUUUUCAAAGAGCCCCUCAUACAAUCACAUACAUUGCUUUUCUAAAUUUUCUCAUUACAAGAUUAGGCAUUCAAGUUUUCAUCUGAAAUGCAAUCAUUAUUAUUAGAUUAUUUUAUGCUCUGCAUUUUUAACUGGUAAGAUAAGAUAAUAAAAAAAGGCUUUUACAUGUUCAAACAGAUGUAGGUAUUAAAAACCUUUUGAUCAUACCAUGAACAAUCUGUUUUCCUCAUUAAGGUAUAUUAAGGCACCAUCUGCAUUGAACAGGUAUUUAUUUUCUUCUGUUCAUUGAGGUCUUGUAAGAUAUCCUGGAAAAAUUAGACCUUCAGUUGAAAGGUCAAAUCUAAUAAGGGACCUGUAUGCUGUAAAAUAAUUAGUUUAAUGAAAUUAGAGUUGCAAACUGAAAUACUGACUUUUUUCAUGAUGUUUUUACAUUUGAUGAGUUAGGUUAGCUUUUAAGAUCAUCACACUCAGUCCAUGUUUGUGAUCUCUACUCUAGCAGUCGUGAAACAUAGUUUCAGUAGUAAAACUUUGAAAUUAUUAAGUAUUUAAAUAUAAUUAAUUUGGAUUUUUCUUCAGUGCAUUAUAAUCUAUUCAUACAGCAUUUAAAUAUCAGCAAGUGUUGCUUAUUAGAGGAAAAUGUUGAAUAUAGAUUAUACAGUAUUUUUUUAGAAAGUGAAAGGAUAAUUUACUUCUAAAUAUGGUGUUAAAAAAUCUUUUCUGAAGAACUGGGAGAAGCAUCCUGUCUAGUUGUUUUUGACAAUCAGUCAAAGGAAUUGGCUUUAGCUUUUGGUUUACAUUGACAAACAUUGGGUCAGGAUGGGCUGACCCUUACUCAAAAAUGAAAAGCAAUAGCAAAAACUCCACAAAUCUGCACUUUUUGGAUUAAAAUGGUUAAAACAAUCUCUCUAAGUGCAAUGUGUAUUAUUGCAGUGGUGUACAAAUUUAAAAUAAAAGGUUGAUGUAAUAAAUUGACUUCUAGAUCAUUUGUAUUGUAUAUUUUGAAUUUGCCAAGCCUAUCAUCAUGAGAUAGACCUGUUUUAUUAGUAUUUAAUUAUACUUUUUUAACUCAGUAUUAUACAUUUGAUAUAUAUAUUGUACAUGGUAAACCUCUGUAUAUGGAUAUUUAUUUCAUUUUUUUUUUAUAGCUUUAAUGUGUUUCUGUUCAACCCUUUUUAUAUGCAGGUCUGUAUGACAUGUUAAACCAUGGACUGACCACCUCUGUCAUCUGUGCUUGCAAUAAAACCAUUUCAAUCAGUGA